CGAGGGCAAAGCACGGCCAUUCGUGCUGCAUUCAUCUACGGUUGGUUUACGAUUGCUCAUCUUGUCUGCACUACGCCUUCAUAACGAUAGAUAGCGUCGCACGGACGUGUACAGCUAGAGCUGACGCCAUCGACGCGACCGCUGGGCGACGGCGGAAGGCAGUCAACGGUGAUGCGCCUCCUCAGCCGCCAGUCCUGGAACCCAUUAGCUCUAAUAGCGACGGCGCGCACACUAAUAAGGAGGCCGGGCCUGCUCGUGCCGCACGUGGCCGUAUCAAAUGUAGACGCGCUCGACUUCGACGCCCUGCGCGCCGCGGGCGUCGCGUCCAUAAUUUUUGACAAGGACAACACGCUGACGGCGCCCUACGUCGACACCGCCCACAUAGAGGUAGCCGAUGCAAUAACACGCGCCAAGGACGCCUUCGGGGCCGACAACUGCAUUGUCCUGUCGAACAGCGCGGGCUCGGGCGACGACGCGCCCGAUUAUAACGCCGCAAAGGCGUGCGAGGCCGCACUCGGGCUGCGGGUCGCGCGCCACCCGGAGGCCCAGAAGCCGCAAUGUUUAGAGGGCGUCGUCGCCUCCCUGCCAGCCUCGGACGCUAGUACUGUAGCCGUCGUCGGCGACCGCCUCGCGACGGACGUCCUCGCGGCGAACGAAAUAGGGGCGCUCAGCGUGCACACGCGGCCGCUCGAUACGAAGGGAGACAACCCCGCCGCCUUGGUAUCGCGCUUCCUCGAGAACCGGCUGCUCCUGCCUUUGUUAAGGCGCCUCGGCGCGGCGCCUCCUACCCACCCGGCCGUCGCGGACCUCGCGCACACGCAGCCGGGGACGGCCCUGCCUUCUUCUCGGUGAUAGUAGGAGUGGGGUGGGCCCGCGCCGACGGCGAUGGUGCUAUGAUAACAUGUUG